AUGUCUCAUACAGCAGCAGCCAGGAUUGAGCGGCCGGCGGCGGGCGAGGGCGAGAAGAUGGCCUUCAUCUACUGCGUGCCGCCGCGCGAGGUGCUGUUCGAGCUGACCACCGUGCUGGAGGAGGAGGAGGAGGAGGAGGACGAGGCCCGCGCCAGGGGCCGGCGCCCGUCGGGCGUGCGCGUGCAGCUGCACGUGGCCGACCUCUCGCGGCGGCGCAGCGGCGACGGCGCAGAGCGACUGUCCGCCGGCUCCGGCGCCGUGCUCCACCCGCUGUCGGACGCCGCGGAGGCGUACAUCCGGGUGGCGGGCAGCCGGCGCGGCAGCUCGCAAGUCGGCGACGAGCAGCUGCAGCUGCAGGCGCCCGGCGAGCCCGCCUGCUGCCGCUGCGACCAGAAGCCGCCCGCCUCCCUGCCGCCGCCGCCGGUCGUCCAGUGCGCCGCCGCUGGAGCCGCCCCCGCCGGCAACCGCCUCGCGAGUCUGGUGUCCGGCGUGAGGCAGAGGCUCCAGAAGGCGGGCAUCAACGACGUCCUCCUGGUCGCCGUGCUGGUGCUGAUCCUGGUGACGGUCUCGCUGCUCACCAGCAUCUUCGAGCACCACGACGGCCAGUCCAAGAUCCCGCCGCCAGGCGGCAGCGCCGGCACUGACAACGCCCUGGACGAGACGUGGUUCGUGUCGCGCGAGCUGUGGCAGGCGGGCCAGCGCUCGCCCUACCUGCCGCUGGUGAACACCACGCUGCGGCUGGUGGUGGUCACGCACACCGUCACCAAGACCUGCAACUCGCUGCACUCGUGCGAGCUGCUCGUCAAGAGCAUCCAGAGCAUGCAGGUGGCGCACCAGGGCUACCAGGACAUCUCCUUCAACUUCCUGGUGGGCGGCGACGGCCGCGUGUACGAGGGCCGCGGCUGGUCCGUGCACGCGCCCGUCUGCAACUACCAGUGCAUCAGCGUGGCCUUCAUAGGUGAUUACCGUAGUUACGGUUACAACACCAAAGUUACGCCGGACCAGAUCAAGUACUUCAGCAAGCUGCUGGGGCAAGGUGUCUCAGAGCAGUGGCUGUCAUCUGAUUACUACAUCAUACCUCUGUGCCUGAUCGAGAACACCGAGAGCCCAGGCGAUAAACUCUUCUCAGCACUGCAGCACAUGCCUCACUUCUCCCAGCAUCCUUUCAAAGUCAUCAACAACAGCUGCAGCUGGCCAACACCUCAGCAAGGCAUCGAAAAUGAUCCUAACAGCAGUCCCAAUAAUGAACUUUCAGGUGCUUCGAAUGGACUUGCAGGUGGUUCUAAUGGUCAAACAAGUAGUUCUAACAUUCCAGCAGUUGGUUCCACCAGUCCUCCCAAUAGUACCAAUAGUUCCACUGGUCUAGCAAGUGGUUCUAACGGAUCUGCAGGAGAUUAUAAUAGUACCACAAGUAGUCCCAAUGGUCAAACAGAUGGUCCUAAACCAGUUAGUGCUAAUGAUCAAGGAGGUGGUUCUAAUGAUCACGGAGGUGGUUCUAAUGAUCAAGGAGGUGGUUCUAAUGAUCCAGGAGGUGGUUCUAAUAAUCCAGGUGGUUCUAAUAAUCCAGGUGGUUCUAAUAAUCCAGGUGGUUCUAAUAAUCCAGGAGGUGGUUCUAAUAAUCAAGGAGGUGGUUCUAAUAAUCCAGGAGGUGGUUCUAAUAAUCAAGGAGGUGGUUCUAAUAAUCAAGGUUCUAUUGGACCUGCAGAUGGUUCUCAUGGUCCUGGAGGUGGUUCUCAUGGUCCCGGAGGUGGUUCUCAUGGUCCUGGUGGUGGUUAUGGUCCUGGAGAUGGUUCUUAUGGUCCAGGCCUUAAUUUUGGUAAUAAUCAUGUUUCACGGUAACUGCGUGAAGCUUACAUCGACGAGAAAACUUAAUGAAUCAGCUAAAAACUCUUCUCGGACAAUAUUCAUUAAAUACUUUACAUGUCUAUAACAUGAGAGUAUGGUUUUCUCAAAAUAUGUGAUGAUAGAAAAAUACUGACUAAAAUGGUAACUAUUUAAAAAUGAUACAGGAACUAAAAGAGAUGUACUGUUUUUUUAUGGUGGUCCAAGGUAAAUAAUGUACCUCAGUGGAACUGGAACUUGUGGUACUAUUCUUGUCACCCCUCCCCUUGUGGCUAUGAGGAUAUUCCUCCAAUCACUAUUUUUUAAGCAAUGUGUUGUUAAAUAAAAUAAAUAAAUACAAUCAACAUUCUUUGCUACAUUGUCUACUCUGGUUCAGCUAUCUCAUCCAGACAGUGCCCUCAACAGCCACACAACUGCCACAAACACUGCAUUUGUACUGUCAAGUGUAACAUCUUAAAGACCUUGCUACCUAAGCUCUUACACUGUGUGCAGAUCUUCUACACAAUUUAAAAACUGUUCAAGAUAUCCAAGCAGGGUCUGUUUACAAAAACCACUCAGAAUACGCUGAGGGCGGCUGAGUAGUUAUGUUUAUGUAAUUCAUUAUUAAACUACAUAUUUUUAUAAGAGUGCAAAUAACUAAAAUGUGUUUUUUCAUAAUAAUUUUUAGGCAUGAAACACCUGAUCAUUUUAAAGCACUUUAAGGACUUGCAUUAAACCUUUAUCUUCAUUUCUCCACCAUAUAAUAUUACAGUCUCCACUCAAAUCUCAUAGUUUCCUAUCCACGACGAGAAAAUGCACGCCAGUUCUGAGCCUUGCACUCAGAGGUGAUGCCAUGCUAAAAGCACCAGAAAACAUCACACUACCAUCCAGCAUCACAUCCCUGAUUACGCUGGCUACUUAAGAAUGUUUUAGGGUGGUAUUCCAAGACAUAAAAAUAAGGGUUUAGGUGUUGAAUAUGUUACAUCUGUACUCUAACUGUAUUCCUAGUGCACAAUACUGCUCCCAAACCAUUAGAUAGGACAAGACCAGUCCUUUAUUUUUAGGGAACGGAUAUUGAUGUCGUAUCUGUGACCUAUCUGUUGCCCAAACUUCUGCCCAUGCACAGAGCUCAUUUUUUUGAUGAUUUUGUCCAGACGGCGGACCUGCCUAUGGUGCCAUUAACUUGUAUAUAUUCACUUCCGUGAGCAUCAGGGGAGGUACCAAGUGUAUUGUUGUGCCAAAUGAAAUUUUAUGAUAGUGGAACUAUCUUGGAUUACAUUGUGUACACUUUAAUGAUCAUUCAAAAAAAGAAUCACUACUUAAAAAGUACUUCAGAUAAUUAGACUAGUAAACUUUAAUUCCCAUAGUUUCUUCCUAAUUUUUGUCGUGUCUCUGUAGCAGAGUGGUAAAGUGCAAGGUACUUAGAAGCAAGAGUAUGGUUAGUAGCAAGUUCAAUCCUCCAACAGUGGGGUUCUUUUAAAAAAAAAUUUUUAAUGUAUUAUUUUAUUAUGAACACUAUCAUUAGUGUAAUAAAAAUUAAAUAUUAUUCUUUUGAGUAAUUGCUAUAACAACUAAUACAUAUCUUGGUCUGUUGGUCUGGUUAUAUCACAUGAGGUAGGCCUAUGGCCCUUAGUUUUUAUUUAACAUAAAAAUAAAACAUUUUAACAAAAUAUAACAAUAGUAUGUAUAUGUGUGUAUAUAAAUAAUAAAUUUUAUAUCCUCCA